AGACAGACCCCCACGGAACAGGCCUGAGUGGCCGUGGGCGCCAACAGCCUCCACGCACUGGGCUCCGUUAUUUCAUCAGCAGUUUCAGAAAAACCUGCCAAAAGCAGUUACGCCUCACUGCAAUGUGUAGCUUUUUCCUGCCAUUUUUUUUUUUCAUAAUAAAAGAGGGAGUGAAGCUCGCUCACUCUCUCCCCCCCUCCACCCCCCUCUCCCAAAAAGAGCCAAAUGGAUACGAGAAGGGGGAAAAAAAAAAAAGAACCCACACACCAAUCUCGGAGGGGAUGCCAGUGAGGUGUGGCUUGUAUUUAAAUAUCCAAUAUGUCAAUGUAAGGGGAGUGGGUAUGUAUAUAAAGUGCCGUUUGCAUCUGAUAGCUCGACGAAGCCAGCUAUGAGAGACCGGGGGAGAUGGAUGCGGACGGGAAGCCGCAUUUCGACUGAGAGCAAGGUCAGGAGCGCGCUGCCCCACGCUCCCCGCCGCUGAGAAGUUCCUUGGACGCGAACAGACGUCGACUGCAGCUGGGCAGAGCGCGGAGCGAGGGAGCGAGCGAGCGCCGCCGAGUCGCCCGCGCCCGCCGCGGGGAGAGGCAGUUCGCGCCCCGCGGCCCCGGCUCGGCCCGCGCGCGCCCCGCACAGCCUGCGCCGCUGUCGGCCCCGCCAUGGCGGAGGUGGGGGGGGUCUUCGCCUCCUUGGACUGGGAUCUGCACGGCUUCUCCUCCUCUCUGGGGAACGUGCCCUUAGCUGACUCCCCGGGUUUCCUGAACGAGCGCCUGGGCCAGAUCGAGGGGAAACUGCAGCGCGGCUCGCCCACAGACUUCGCCCACCUGAAGGGGAUCCUGCGGCGCCGCCAGCUCUACUGCCGCACCGGCUUCCACCUGGAAAUCUUCCCCAAUGGCACGGUGCAUGGCACCCGCCACGACCACAGUCGCUUCGGGAUCCUGGAAUUUAUCAGCUUGGCUGUAGGGCUGAUCAGCAUCCGGGGAGUGGACUCUGGCCUGUACCUUGGAAUGAACGAGCGAGGGGAACUAUAUGGGUCGAAGAAACUCACACGUGAAUGUGUCUUCCGGGAACAGUUUGAAGAAAACUGGUACAACACGUAUGCCUCCACCUUGUACAAACACUCGGACUCGGAGAGACAGUAUUAUGUGGCCUUGAAUAAGGACGGCUCACCCCGGGAAGGAUACAGGACUAAGCGACACCAGAAAUUCACCCAUUUUUUACCCAGGCCAGUAGAUCCUUCUAAGUUGCCCUCCAUGUCCAGAGACCUCUUCCGCUAUAGGUAAUGGACCCUAGCGUGACUCUGUGACCCAUGUACUCUGGGGGCCGUAGUUGUCUCUGCAAGCACUAUACUCAUAGCUUUUCAAUCCUUCCUUCCUAUCAAUUUAGAUAACAGAGAAGCACUUACUGUUCAACUCAACCCAGUUGUUCCCUGGUUGUUCAAAGUGUAUAUCAAGGUUGGGUUAUUUUGGGGAGGGCAGUGGGGGAGGGGGUGGGCUCAAGGGAAUCUUGUAUAUAUGUUUUUCUUUACUCAUGUUCUUUCCCCUGAGGUGGCAUGGCAAAGAAUGGAGGCUCCUGCCAAGGGCCAGGGGUGUCUUGCCCCACAAUCUACCCAAAUUCCUUGACAAUGGGUAUAAAUGAAAGACCAAGGAAUCUGCCAUAGAUGCUACCUACAGAGUUUUGGAAAAGUCUCUUUAAGAAAAUCCUUGGGGCUCCAGCCCUGCUGCAAGCCAUCCCUGCAUUGGCAUUGCAGAUUUCUCAUCUGUCCUGACAUGCAGUUUUCCUGCCAUUGGAAGUGGGAGAUGGGGUAGGUUGUACGAAAAUGAUAUUAAAAUGUAAGCAUGGAUACUGUGCAUAAGGACAAACUAUUUAUGAAAUGUAUAUGCUAUUUAUUUUAUAUAUUUAUUUAUUUCAAAAUAAUUUUAUUUUUAAUGAGAGAUGCUAUGACUGGAUUUUCAUCAGAAAGAAUAAGGUCCUACUGAAACAGGAUAAAAUGAGUUAUUAAAGGCUUUUAUUGGCAAUAAAAUUGUCUUUAUAUUGUAAA